UUUUUCAAAGAAAAGAUUUCUUGUGGUUGCUACAAAUACUAACUAUGAAGCAUACAAUUCUUUAUAUUCAAUUUCUUGAGGAAAAUAAUGAAGAAAGGGGCAGUCUCUUUGCUCAAGCAGAUUGGCACAGUGGUUGCAGCAAUGGUGCUCAAAGCCAAGCCCAGGGUCACGCUCCUUGGUCUGCUCCCCAACAAAAAGCUGCUGAUGAGGACCAUCUCCGGCAGGUUCUCUGGCAGGAUCCCCGGCAAGGUGGAAUAUGUUGACGAGAGUGAGGAAGACGAGUAUCUGAACCACUGCCUCUUUGACUUGGAAGACGACGCUGACGACGGCAACGGCGGUGAGGAGGGCCGGAGCGAUGAUGAUCAUGAUGCGUGCUUGGCGAUCAAUUUGGUCCGGAGCUCACGAGAGGAUGGUGGAGCCGAGUUCAUCUUGGAGGAUGAGAUCGACAACGUCGCCGAUGUGUUCAUUAGGAGGGUUCGUAGUCAGAUGAUGCUACAAGAUUAGCAGUUUUCAAAGUUUUCUUUGUGCUCACACACGUAUAUAUUUUGUUGGAAGCAUGAAUGAAAAUAAGAGAGGAUGGAAAGGUCUCCCAUGUACAUGAGAGCUAUGAGGUUGGUUGAUAUUGAAU